AUGGAUGGAGCAGGAAAUGAAGAGGGUCUCAUUCAUCAACAAGAUCCCGAGCAACGGGUUCAGCUUCCAGAGGCGGCCACCCACGCCCUCGAGCCCUCUCCGAGGUGCCCGCGGUGCGACUCCACCAACACCAAGUUUUGUUACUACAACAACUAUAGCCUCUCUCAACCAAGAUACUAUUGCAAAUCUUGCCGGAGGUAUUGGACUCACGGCGGAACCCUAAGGAACGUCCCCAUCGGCGGCGGCUACCGGAAAAGCAAGCGCCCCAGGAUUUCAUCCCCCUCUUCUCCUCCGCCUCUCCCUUCAACCGGUUUGAUUCCGAGGCCUCGAGGCGUGCCGCCACCGGCCGCACCGAAUCCGACAGCUGUCGUCACGCGGCCGGUGGCGCCGCAGCCGUUGGUCGGCGGCUUCUACGGCGGCGGCUCGUUUUUAUCUUCCUUGGCUGCAAUGCAGUCCGUUGGAAUCAAUCAAGGAACGGCGGCUAUGGGCGGAGGAAGUCGUUUCGGUUCGAAUAUGGCUCUUUUGCAAGGGAUGUUGAAUUCUCCGGCUGCUGCGGCGGCGCGUCUACGCUCUCCGCCGCUGGCGCGUUUUUAUCCGCCGCAGCAAAACUUAAUUCAGCCGGGGAGUUUUAGUUCUUGGACGCCAAGCGUGAACAACGUCGGCGCCACCAGCUCUUCGGCUGCGUCAGCAGCCGGAAUGUGGAGCAGCGGCGGCGGCGGCGGAGAUCGAGUGGGUUCUUCGUUUGGUGCAAAUCAAUGGUCCGACUGUAAUCAAUCCGGUGUUUGA